AUGGCUGCUCAUAAUAUGGUUGUUGCAGGAGUACGUAGACGGAUUGGGGAUGGUCAAACAACUUUAAUUUGGGGAUACCCGUGGUUGCCAGAUGAGCCUAGUCCUCUCAUUCAAACUGAUAUGCCUGAGGAAUUGAGACAUGCGAAAGUGGCAGGCUUAAUUGAUGAGCAGACUAAUAUGUGGGAUCCCUAUAUUUUGUCUGAUUUAUUUAUUCCGGAGGAUGUCAAUCGUAUACUCAAGAUCCCUGUAAGUCCUGGUUAUGAUGACUCGUGGUAUUGGCUUGGGGACUCAAAUGGAAUUUAUUCAGUAAAGAAUGCCUAUAGGAGUAUUGUGGGUAAUUAUGACCAUGUGCCAGGAGAGUUUGAUAAGUGGACUAGUAUAUGGAAAAUGAAGGUGCCUCCAAAGUGGAGGACUUUUUUGUGGAGGACUUUUUUGUGGAGAGCAAUUUGUGAUAUCCUCCCUACCACUGUUAAUUUAAUUAUUAAAAGAGUGGAUAUUGAUCCAAUAUGCCAGAAGUGUGGUGUAAUGAAUGAAGAUGUUAUGCAUGCACUUAUUACUUGUGAUUAUUCUAAAGUAGUUUGGAAUAUUACAGGCCUACCUAUCACAAAUAUUAUUACCGAUUCUUUUCCUGCCUGGCUAACAGCCGCGCUUGCAAUUUUGACAGAGGAACAAAGUGGUACUUUGGUGGCGGUUCUGUAUCACUUGUGGCAGAGUCGCAACUCAGCCGUGUGGGAGAAAUCUUUGCCACGUCCCGCCGGCUUGUGGAGGAGAGCAUCCGCGGCAAUGGGGUCAUACCGCCACGCCAAUCACCACCCCGCGCUGCCGGCACCACACGGACCGGAGAAUGCUCAUCACGCCAGGCCAAGAUGUUUUGUCGACGCAAGCUUCCGACAUGCUACGGGGGAGGCGUCCUAUGGAGUGGUCCUACUCUCGCCGGAUGGAUCGUUCAUAGCGGCGCGAAACGGAACUCUGCCAACCUGCUUCUCACCUUUUAUGGCGGAGGUCAUGGCUUGUAAGGAGGCUCUAUCAUGGCUCAUCGAAAGGAAUACGGUUGAUGUGGAUAUACUCACAGAUUGUUUGCAACUACGAAACGUUGUACGCCAGGGAUCAACAACUAUUAUGUCAUAUGCUGGACUUGCAGUCGACCAUUGUAGGUCGCUGAUGACUUCAUUUACUUAUUGUUCGUUAAGUUAUGUUUCUAGGCAGUUUAAUUUACAUGCGCAUGCUUUAGCUUCGUUAGCUUUUACUCAGAAUCAGGUUAUGACAUGGGAUUUAAUCCCACCUGACACUAUUGCAGCUUUGCUUCAUUAA